GCCAAGACGUGUGGUGGAUUUCUCUCUCCCUUGUGUGUUUAUGGGUGGUUUGUACUCAACAAGUGGCUGAUGGAUUUAAUGCACUUGGAUAGCGUCUCCACAUUGGGCUCAUUUCCACAGUGGCUCACAGGCCUUUGUGUCUUCUGCUCGUAGGAUUUAUGGCUCUGAUGAAAAAGGACUUUCUUUAACAGGUUCACCUCUUCCAGCUGUCAUUCUACAUUGACGGCGCCCUGUGAGAAAUAACUCAGGCUGUGCCUCAGCUCUCCUCAGACACUUUUCCUUGACAUCCAAAUGCUGUGCAUCGAACAUCGUGCCAGCCACCCUCUGUGAGUUAUGCCGACGGUUGCUUCACUGACUCAGGAAAGAGGCUCCUCCUCCACCCACCACAGUGCAAAUCACAUGAUGUAAAGUACAAAGGUCCUAAAAGUCUGCUCUUCAAGGAGUCUGCCAGCAGGAUAUGAGUAUUUUGAGCCCUGUGACAGAUAACAAAUCAAACCUUGUGGGAAUUGUGGGAGCCCCAGAAGAAUACUCCAGAGCCAUGCAGUCAGAAGAGCUAUUUAGCCGGAAGCUCAAAGCUCUGAAUGGUAGCAUGGGACCACCAACCACCAACAUGCAGGGGAAACCUGAUGGUUCAGGCAAAACAAAUGGUACUCCAGCCAUGCCUAAAAUGGGCGUCAGGGCCAGGGUGACAGAAUGGCCACCAAGGAAAGAUGGAUGGGAUGGACGGCCUUCACCCAACUACCAGAGUGUGAUACCAGUGUUUCAGAAUGGCCAGCAGGAGCAUGCUGUGGAAUUACUUGAGCAGGGUGAAGAAGUUUGUGUGGAAAUAGACUAUACAGACAAAUACACACUAAGUGACCUCCUCUGCCACUCGCCACAGAGGGGUCUUCACCCAAUCCGUCAACGCAGCAACAGUGAUGUCACCAUAAGUGACAUUGACUCCGAGGACAUAAUGGACCAGCAUGCUGUCAAUCCAAACACAGGGGCCUCACUGCACCGCGAGUAUGGCAGCACAUCCUCUAUUGACCGUCAGGGUCUGAGUGGGGAUGGCUUUUUCACCAUGCUUAGGGGCUACCGAGUGGACACCUUGGACCACCGUAGCAUACCACCUCUGGGUUUCCCUGAAUUGUUGCGCUGUGAUGCCUCCCUCUCCCCCAGCCUGCAGACAGCAGCCCAGAUUGCUAGGGGAGAGAUAGUGCACAUUCCAGGCUAUGACUACAUAGACAAUUCUCUCCUCUACACCCGGGAGCGGGAGAAGUCCUUCAUGAGGCGUCUCAAAUCGGAAUCAUCUGAAACAUCUCUGUUCAGGAAACUGCGGACCAUAAAGAGUGAGAGUGAUGCUUUGCGGCUCUCAUUAGAGGAUGACCGGCGACCACUCAGCUUCCAAAAAUGCUUUGCCCAUUAUGAUGUCCAGAGUGUUCUUUUUAACAUCAGUGAGGCGGUGGCCAGCAGAGCAAACCUCAGUCAGAGGAAGAACACAACCACUGGGGCUUCAGCUGCCUCCGCUGGAGCUAUCCCUGGGGCUAUGCCUGGACCUCUCCCUGGACCUCUCUCUGGGGCAGUCCCUGGAGCUGUUGGAGGUGGUUCCAUACUUGGGCCUGGACCAGGAUCAGGGGCAGAUUGUGGAGCAGCAGGAUGUAGCAGUGGAAAUGUCCCCAUGUUUGAGUCUCCACUAGGCAGCAGGGAGGACUUGAACCCCAAAGAGAACCUGGAUGUUGAUGACGGGGACGGGAAGAGUAGCAAUCUAGUACUGAGCUGCCCACACUUUCGCAAUGAGAUCGGUGGUGAGGGCGAGAGGAAGAUCUCUCUCUCCAGAGCCAACAGUGCCAACUACAGUACUGUGACAGAGAGCUGCUCUUUUGAAUCAUCUUUAAGUUCCCACUGCACCAAUGCAGGAGUCUCUGUCCUGGAGGUCCCACGAGAAAACCAGCCAAUCCACAGGGAGAAGGUCAAACGGUACAUCAUUGAACACAUUGACCUUGGAGCAUACUACUACCACAAGUACUUUUAUGGAAAAGAGCAUCAAAACUAUUUCGGGGUAGACGACAAUCUGGGACCUGUGGCAGUCAGCAUCCGCCGGGAGAGGUUGGAUGAUGGAAAGGAGAAAGAGGGAAUGCAAUUCAACCAUCGGGUCACCUUCAGAACCAGUCAGCUGACCACACUUCGUGGAGCAAUCUUGGAGGAUGCCAUUCCAUCCACGGCGAGACACGGGACGGCCCGUGGCCUGCCGCUGAAAGAAGUGCUCGAGUACGUAAUUCCUGAGCUUAACAUCCAGUGUCUGAGGCUGGCCCUCAACUCCCCGAAGGUCCCGGAACAGCUCCUGAAGCUGGACGAGCAGGGGCUAAGCUUCCAGCACAAGGUGGGGGUGCUCUACUGCAAGGCGGGCCAGAGCACAGAGGAGGAGAUGUACAACAACGAGAGCGCAGGCCCGGCGCUCGAGGAGUUCUUGGAUCUGCUCGGCCAGAGGGUGCGGCUCAAGGGCUUCACCAAGUACAGGGCUCAGCUGGAUAACAAGACCGACUCCACGGGCACACACUCUCUCUACACCACCUAUAAGGACUAUGAGCUGAUGUUUCACGUGUCCACCAUGCUCCCCUACACACCCAACAACAGACAGCAGUUAUUAAGGAAGAGGCACAUUGGCAAUGAUAUCGUCACCAUAGUGUUUCAGGAGCCCGGGGCCCUUCCUUUUACUCCAAAAAACAUCCGCUCCCAUUUCCAACAUGUGUUUGUCAUCGUCAAAGUCCACAACCCCUGCACCGAUAACGUCUGCUACAGUGUCGCUGUGUCCAGGUCGAAAGACGUGCCUCCUUUUGGACCCCCUAUUCCCAAGUCUGUAACGUUCCCUAAAUCAGCAGUUUUCAGGGACUUCCUGCUUGCCAAGGUCAUCAACGGAGAAAAUGCCGCACACAAGUCAGAGAAGUUCCGAGCCAUGGCUACUCGUACACGGCAAGAGUACCUGAAGGACUUGGCGGAGAACUUUGUUAGCACUGCCACUAUUGACUCUGCUGUCAAAUUCAGCUUCAUCACCCUCGGAGCCAAGAAGAAGGAGAAGGUGAAACCGAGGAAGGACGCACAUCUGCUCAGCGUGGGGGCCAUCACCUGGAGUGUCCGCACCCGGGACUUCGGCCAAUCGAUGGACGUGGACUGCUUGCUAGGCAUAUCCAACGAGUUCAUCGUCCUAAUUGAGGAGGAAUCGAGAAACGUUGUCUUCAACUGCUCUUGUCGCGACGUCAUUGGAUGGACCUCAGGGAUUAUGAGCAUUAAGAUCUUCUAUGAGCGUGGGGAGUGUAUCAUGCUGUCUGCCCAUGACAACUGCGGAGAAGACAUCAGGGAGAUGGUGCAAAGACUAGAGAUCACCACCAGAGGCUGUGAGACAUCAGAUAUAACUUUGCGUCGGAACAGCCUCGGCCAGCUUGGUUUCCACGUCAACUUUGAGGGCAUUGUGGCCGACGUGGAGCCCUUUGGCUUCGCCUGGAAGGCAGGGCUGAGGCAGGGCAGCCGACUGGUGGAGAUCUGCAAGGUAGCCGUCGCUACUCUCACUCAUGAGCAAAUGAUUGACCUGCUGCGCACCUCCAUCACUGUCAAGGUGGUCAUUAUCCAGCCUCAUGAAGACGGAACCCCGCGAAGGGGCUGCUCCGAGCUCUACCGCAUACCGAUGGUGGAGUAUAAGGUCGACAGCGAGGGGACACCCUGCGAGUACAAGACCCCCUUCAGAAGAAACACCACCUGGCAUCGCGUGCCCACGACUGCUGGUCCGGCGCUGUCCCGAGGCUCGCCAACGCAGGGCCCCGAUCGCCUGCAGUGCCAGCAGAUCCUUCAGCAGCACCAGGCAGCGAUCCCGCGAAGCACCUCCUUUGAUAGGAAGCUGCCAGACGGGUCCAGGACAAUGCAGGAUAUUGAAAAUCCCCAGGUCACCUCAUGCAACAAGGGGGACCAGCACUACCGCAGCUCCCCCAGUAACCAGUCCUCCUCCAGUGAUCCGGGACCCUGCGGCAGCGGCACCUGGUCCCAGCAGCCUGGAUACGACGGGUGUCCCUCCCCUAUUCUUCAUGAACGUGCAGGGGACAUCCAGGGGGGAGAGGGGGAGAUCCACAGGGAGAGAGAGCCUACUCUGGAAAGGACCAGAUCUGCAGAGGCCAAAUGGCACAUCCCCUCCACCAAGAUCCUGAACCCUCUGAAGCAAAGAGAAGGAGGAAAGGACUCACCCAACAAGCUGUCCAGGACGGGCGAUAAAAACUCCAGCCACUCGAGUAGCAACACUCUGUCAAGCAACGCCUCCAGCAACAGCGAUGAUAAGCACUUUGGCUCCGGAGACUUGAUGGACCCGGAGAUGCUCGGCCUCACGUACAUCAAAGGGGCGUCCACAGACAGCGGCAUAGACACUAAUCCCUGCGUGGCCCCCGGGGCCCGGGUGUUGCUGCAGUGCAGGAUGGGGGAGCAGGGACACCCCUGGGUGUCAGAGCACCACGAGGAUGGGGCGUCAGAGGAGGAUCACGGGAAACUGUACUUACCACAGGGAUACGCUUCUGCUAUUAUGUCAAGUCACGCAACGGAGGGCAGCAUCGGAGACCUGAGCGAGAUCUCAUCCCAUUCAAGUGGCUCACACCACUCUGGCAGUCCCCUCGCCCGUGGGGCCAGAUACUGUAUGUCCGCUGACUCCUCCAAGGUGUACACCAUCCCCCAGACCAGCAGCUCAGGGCCAGAGCCAGAGCCAGAGCCGGGGCCCAGCUCAGAGGCCUGUGGACAGACCCGGCCCGAGCUUGGCUGCAAUUUGCUGGUGGGGGUGAAGACGACUGGUGGUGAUGAUGAGGGUGAUGAUGGAGACCGCAGCACUGAGGGACCUCCCAACAUUUCAGAGUGUGGGCAGCUGUACGCUCAGGAGGCUGCCUGCCGGCUCCAGGAUGCAGAGCGGGAUGGAAAAUCGCUGCAGAGACUUUCAAAAGAAGAAUACCUUAAAAUGAUGCUGCCAGACAGCCCCCCGGGAGAUGACAGGAGUCGGAAGGUGUCAGCGAUCGGCAGUUUAUCACCGAGGCGCUCCCUGUACCGGACGCUGUCGGACGAAAGUGUGUGCAGCAACCGCAAGGGUUCGUCCUAUGCCAGCUCGCACAGCUCCAUGCUGGACCAAGCCAUGCCCAAUGACAUCCUAUUCAGCACCACCCCACCUUACCACAGUACACUGCCUCCCCGCAUGAUCCACAACCAGGGAGCAUCCAACCUCAGACAUGAGUUUUGGUUCUCUGAUGGCUCCUUGGCGGACAGGUCCAAGUUCAGCGACCCGGGCCUCAUGCCCCUCCCAGACACCGCCUCGGGCCUGGACUGGUCCCACCUGGUUGAUGCAGCACGAGCCUUCGAAGAUCAGCGCGUGGCGUCCUUCUGCACCAUGACGGACAUGCAGCGCGCAGAGGCUUUGCAGAUCUCAAGAGAACUGACCAGACGUGUGGUGGAGGCGGAGGGAGCUGCACUGGAAGCAGACGGCUCCCCCUCUACGCUAACCGGCAAAGUCAACCAGUUGGAGGUGAUCCUCCGGCAGCUGCAGCAUGACCUCAGAAAGGAGAAAGAGGACAAGGCGAUGUUGCAGGAGGAGGUGCAACACCUGAGACAGGAUAACAUGCGGCUGCAGGAGGAGAGCUUGACGGCGGCGGCUCAGCUCAGGAAGUUCACAGAGUGGUUCUUUCACUCCAUCGACAAGAAACCCUGAGAGGGAUGGAGAGAGAGAGAGAGAGAUAGAGAGAGAGAGACCUGCAGAAAGAGAACAAGAGAGAGCAAGAUGGCCUUCACUCCCACUCAACUCCUACUUAAGACUCCCAGAUGAUCCACAGGCAAACAAACUUUAAAACAAACCUUUACAGGCCCCUAGAGAAAUUAAGACUCUUUAAAAUAAAUGGCUUUAGGAGACUGUCGUGCAGCCGUGUGUGGAGUGACUUGAAACCCUGAUCUGAACCUUUAGCUUUGGGAUCGUCCUCUUGUCUGCUGUGCGGGGCUGUUUCUUGCGUUAACGGUUUCUCUGUGCUGGCAAAUAGGACUCUCGGGAAGCGUCCUCAUAUCCGGUGCUGGAAGGAGGAAUAGAGAACGGCGAACCCCAAGGGGCCCCCCAGCCCGAGUCCCCGAGAUCUUCUUACAGUAGUGGAAUGUAAAGCUCAUUUACUGUAGUCAACAUAUAAUCUACCUACGUAUGUCACGUCAGUCUACUGUACUGUAUUCUCAGCUGUACUGUAUCAUACUGCGCACACUGUCACACAGCUGUUUCUGUGCCGGCCUUCAUGGACACAGGAAAAGUAGAGCGGGUGAGGAGGGGGAGGAAUGUACUGGACAUAAUGAAGUGGUACUUACUGUCUGCUUGCACCAAGAGGAAUCCACAUGAGUCGGGUCUUGAAACGUACCGUGGUUGUGGGGGGGAAACAUGAAUGUAGCUCAAAUGAGACCCUUUUAUUUUCUCUGGAAGUCACAAAAAAGUUUCAAGGUUUGAUGUUUUGCUUUUCGUUGAAUUAAUUCCACUUUUUCUUUGUCCUCAGUGUCGUAUCGUAGGGUCACACGGCAGUAAUUUUGAUGUUUCAAGGUGCUUUUCCCUACACACACAUAUACACACACGCGCGUUUGUCUGUAGUUUUUUCCAUUCACUGUCACAAUGUCCUAGCAAUAACAAAAGUGGUAGUUUCAAAACUGUGUUUUAAAAAAAAAAAAGAAGUUAGCACAAACGUGAAGAGUUCCUGUUGAGAAGCAGUUGUAUUUGACAUGUAUUUAUAAAACUGUGCCUAAAAUUCUCGGUUGUAAAUGGAUUGUUUCUCUUUGCUUUUAGUCGUCUUUUCUAAACACAAGCCUUGUCUGUGGCUCACUGAUAUAAAAUCCUGUGUGUGGAUGAUGAUGAUGUGUGUGUGUUUGCAUGUGUGUGUGUGUGUGUGUGUGUUGGGGGUUUAGUUUCACAGCAAAAUGUGUUCUUAUGCAGUGGUUUCUAGAGCAUUAGAGCAGGCGCCAGUGAACCACACUUACAAUGCCAAAUGUGUUUAUUUCUGUACAUAUCUGCCACAGAAGUGUCUUGUAUUUAACACUAUUAUUUAAGCUUAUUUAACCUAAAGUUGUUUAUUUUAUUAAAAGGUUUUUGUUUUGAGUUUUUUUUUCUGCACUAAGGAGAGAUAAAGCUCUGUGUAUGUUGUAAAGUGUGUAGCUUGCCAGGGCAAAAAAAUAUAUAUAUUUAAAUAUAUAAAUGAUGAAUUUUUUUGGAGGUUCCAACAUUUGGAUGCUGCUAGAUUACAGUUUGCUGGUUUGUAUGCUUUUAAAAAUGUCUCUCUCCAUAAACUGUCUCAUCCCUGGUGGGACACUGGUGGCUUUUUUUUUUUUGGUUCUAAUUUUUGCUUUGUUUUUUUAAAUAAAUGUAGUUGUACAAA